AUGGCGGAGGGUGCAGACGGAGAGGAAGAGAUCCAGUUCCUGAGAACAGAUGAUCAAGUGGUGCUCCAGUGCACCGCCUCUAUUCUCAAGGAGCAGAUCAAGCUUUGUCUGUCAUGUGAAGGCUUCGGGAACCGCCUGUGUUUCCUUGAAACCACCUCAAACGCUCAGAAUGUCCCACCAGAUCUCGCUAUCUGCUGCUUCAUUUUGGAGCAGUCUCUGUCUGUGCGAGCGCUGCAGGAGAUGUUGUCCAACACGUCUGUGGAUGAAUCAUCACAAGGCGGAGGUCACCGAACGCUGCUCUAUGGACACGCCAUCCUCCUGAAACACACUCACUCCAGCAUGUACCUGAGCUGUUUGACGACUUCGCGCUCACUCACAGACAAGCUGGCUUUUGAUGUGGGCUUACAGGAAGACUCCACAGGGGAGGCCUGUUGGUGGACCAUCCAUCCAGCCUCGAAGCAGAGGUCUGAAGGUGAGAAGGUGCGGGUGGGAGACGACCUCAUCCUCGUCAGUGUUUCUUCGGAGCGAUACCUGCACCUGUCCUACGCCAGCGGGGACCUGAUGGUGGAUGCGUCCUUCAUGCAGACACUGUGGACGAUGACUCCUGUCAUGUCGGGAUGUGAGCUGGCCGAAGGCUUUCUGACUGGAGGGUACGUGCUCAGGUUGUUCCACGGUCACAUGGACGAGUGUUUGGCAAUCCCAGCAGCAGACCAGGGGGAUGACCAGCGCAGAGUUGCUCAUUAUGAGGGAGGAGCUGUUUGCAGUCAUGCACGAUCCUUAUGGAGACUUGAGCCGCUAAGAAUUGGCUGGAGCGGCAGCCACAUCAAAUGGGGCCAGUCCUUCCGGAUACGCCACAUAACAACAGGCAGAUACCUUUAUCUGGACGAGGAGAAAGGGCUUCUGCUGGUGGAUCCAGAGAAGGCUAUUUCCAAGAUGACGGCCUUCUGCUUCAGGAUUUCAAAGGAAAAAAUUGAAGUGACCCAGAAGCGAGACGUUGAGGGCAUGGGUAUUCCUGAGAUCAAGUAUGGAGAAUCCAUGUGCUUCGUGCAGCACGUUUCAACCGGGCUCUGGCUCACAUACGCUGCUGUGGACGCUAAAUCUGCACGUCUGGGUCCUCUGAAGAGAAAGGCCAUACUCCACAAAGAAGGCCACAUGGAUGACGCGCUCACCGUUGCUCGGUCUCAGACUGAAGAGUCUCAGGCUGCCAGGAUGAUUUUCAGCACAACAGGACUCUUCAACCAGUUCAUCAAGGGUCUGGAUGCUCUGAGUGGGAAAAACAAAUCUGCCAAUCCCCCAUCUCUGCCUAUGGACACAGUGGUGCUCUCCCUGCAGGACCUUAUUUUCUAUUUCCGCCCCCCUGAGGAGGAACUGGAGCACGAGGACAAACAGUUCAAACUUCGAUCCCUGAAGAACAGACAGAAUCUCUUUCAGGAAGAGGGAAUGAUCACUCUCGUUCUGGACUGUGUCGACCGACUCAAUGUGUACAACACAGCAGCCCACUUUUCAGAAUACGCUGGAGAAGAAGCUGCAGAGUCGUGGAAGGAGAUCGUAAAUCUACUGUAUGAGUUACUGGCUUCUUUGAUCAGAGGCAAUCGUGCAAACUGUGCCCUCUUCUGUGAUAACCUGGACUGGCUGGUCAGUAAACUGGAUCGUUUGGAAGCAUCUUCAGGGAUCCUGGAGGUUUUGUAUUGCGUCCUUAUUGAGAGUCCAGAGGUGCUGAAUAUCAUCCAGGAGAAUCACAUCAAGUCAAUCAUCUCUCUGCUUGAUAAGCAUGGACGCAACCACAAGGUCUUGGACGUGCUCUGUUCUCUUUGCGUGUGCAACGGCGUGGCGGUGAGGUCAAAUCAGAAUCUGAUCACGGAGAAUCUACUUCCUGGCCGCGACCUCUUACUUCAAACCAACAUCAUCAACUAUGUGUCCAGCAUGAGACCCAACAUUUUCCUUGGAACUUGUGAAGGAUCCACUCAGUAUAAGAAGUGGUACUUUGAGGUGAUGGUAGACCACGUGGAGCCGUUUCUUACAGCCCAGCCGUAUCACCUGCGUGUGGGUUGGGCUCUGACGGAGGGAUUCAGUCCCUACCCCGGUGGGGGGGAGGGCUGGGGAAGUAACGGAGUUGGUGAUGACCUUUACUCCUACGGUUUUGACGGACUUCAUUUCUGGUCAGGCCGUGUUCCGCGUCACGUUGCUGCGCCCAAUCAGCACGUCUUGGCUGCAGAGGACGUGGUCAGCUGCUGUUUGGACCUGAGUGUGCCCAGUAUCUCCUUCCGCAUCAAUGGCCAUCCUGUCCAAGGAAUGUUUGAGAACUUCAACUUGGAUGGGCUGUUCUUUCCUGUCGUCAGCUUCUCUGCAGGCGUCCAGCUGCGUUUUCUUCUCGGAGGCCGUCAUGGGGAUUUCAAGUUCCUCCCACCUCCUGGCUAUGCUCCAUGCUAUGAAGCAGUGCUGCCGAGGGACCGACUGCGCAUCGAACCCAUCAAGCAGUACAAGCAUGACUUUGAUGGUGUUCGUAACCUGCUGGGCCCGACUCAGUCUCUGUCGCAUACAGCUUUCACUCCGUGCCCUGUGGACACGAUUCAGAUCGUCCUUCCUCCUCACUUGGAGCGAAUUCGAGAGAAGCUGGCAGAAAACAGUCAUGAGCUGUGGGCUGUCACUCGCAUCGAACAAGGGUGGACUUAUGGACCGUUUCGUGAUGACAACAAGAAGCUGCACCCGUGCCUGGUAGAUUUCCAGAGUCUGCCUGAACCAGAGAAGAACUACAAUUUAGCAAUGUCUGGAGAAACUCUGAAGACUCUGCUGGCUCUCGGCUGUCAUGUCGGGAUGGGGGAUGAGAAAGCUGAGGAGAAUUUAAAAAAGAUCAAACUCGCUAAAACUUACAUGCAGACAAACGGGUACAAGCCAGCUCCUUUGGAUCUCAACCAUGUAAAGUUGACUCCUAAUCAAAACACUCUUGUGGAGAGAUUGGCGGAAAAUGGACAUAAUGUGUGGGCAAGAGACAGAGUUCGCCAGGGCUGGACAUACAGUAUUGUGCAGGACAUAAUGAACAAACGCAACCCCCGCCUGGUUCCUUACAACCUUCUGGAUGAAAAGACUAAAAAGACCAACAGAGACACAGUUUGCGCGGCUGUUCGCACUCUUAUUGGAUAUGGCUACAACAUAGAACCACCUGAUCAGGAGAGCAGUGGGCACGGAGCAGGCGGCUCACGAGGUGAUAAAAUCAGAGUGUUCAGAGCCGAAAAAUCUUACGCGGUCACACAGGGGAAGUGGUAUUUUGAGUUUGAGGCUUCCACAGUUGGAGAGAUGAGAGUUGGCUGGGCGAGGCCAAGUGUGCGUGCAGACACUGAACUUGGCGCAGAUGAGUUGGCUUAUGUCUUCAAUGGUUUUAAGGCUCAACGAUGGCACAUUGGGAAUGAGCCAUUUGGUCGUCAGUGGCAAUCCGGGGAUGUGGUCGGUUGUAUGAUCGACCUGACAGAGAUGAACAUCAUGUUUACCCUCAACGGAGAAAUGCUGAUCAGUGACUCAGGCUCAGAGAUGGCUUUUAAGGACAUAGAGAUCGGGGAAGGCUUCAUCCCCGUGUGCAGUCUGGGCUUGUCCCAAGUUGGGAGGAUCAACCUGGGUCAGAAUGUCAGCAGUCUCCGUUACUUCACCAUCUGUGGCCUGCAGGAGGGAUUCGAACCCUUUGCCAUCAACAUGAAGAGAGACAUUACAAUGUGGUUCAGCAAGAGCCUCCCGCAGUUCAUUGCUGCACCGACUGAUCACCCUCACAUUGAGAUUUCUCGCGUUGACGGUACUGUGGAAACGGCGCCCUGCCUCAAAGUGACCCACAAGACGUUUGGAUCCCAGAAUGCCAACACAGACCUGCUGUUCUUCAGACUCAGCAUGCCUGUCGAGUUUCAUGAGACCUUCAAGGUCCCAGCAGGGACCACACUUCUUACCCGCGCUCUGACCAUUCCUGAGGACGAGGUGGUGGAGGUGGACCCAGACUCUGACUUUGAAAUACUGAAAAAAUCUGCAACUCGUAAAGAGCAGGAGGAGGAGAAGAAAGAGCCGUCUGUGCCAAAGGAGACCCCGGCAAUUAAAAAUGGAGAGAAUGAGAAGGAUGCUUCGACCGAGAAAAGCAAGAAGAAAGGUUUUCUUUUCAAGGCUAAGAAGGCAGCGUUAAUCACCCCUCCUCCAGUCGUCCCAACUCUGCCUCGACUAGUGGAAGAUGUGGUGCCAGAUGACAGGGAUGACGUCGACAUCAUCCUCAAUACGACUACAUACUAUUACUCAGUACGAGUGUUUGCGGGACAGGAGCCAGGUGGCGUGUGGGUGGGCUGGAUCACGCCGGACUACCACCAGUACGACCCUCACUUUGAUCUCAGCAAAGUGAGAAAUGUAACGGUCACUGUUGGCGACGAUAAAGGCAACAUUCACGACAGCAUAAAACGCAGUAACUGCUACAUGGUGUGUGGAGGAGAGUUCAGCAGCUCUCAGCAAACCCGGGUCAGCCAGGAGGACUUUGUGAUUGGCUGUCUUAUUGAUUUGGACACCGGCCUCAUGACAUUCACUGCGAACGGAAAAGAAAUUAACACGUUUUACCAGGUGGAGCCGAACACCAAACUGUUCCCAGCCGUCUUUGUCCUGCCUUCCAGUCAGAACAUGAUUCAGUUUGAACUUGGAAAACUAAAGAACAUCAUGCCUAUCUCAGCUGCCAUGUUCCGCAGCGAACGGAAAAACCCCGUCCCGCAGUGCCCCCCUCGACUGGAUAUCCAGAUGUUAACCCCAGUCAUCUGGAGCCGAAUGCCCAACAAGUUCUUGGCUCCAGAGACGAAGCGUGUCAGCGAGAGACUGGGCUGGAUGGUGCAGUGUCAGGAGCCACUGACCAUGAUGGCCCUUCAUAUCCCGGAGGAGAGCAGGUGCAUCGACAUCCUGGAACUGUCUGAACGAAUGGACCUGCUGAAGUUCCACUACCACACUCUCAAGCUGUACGGCUCAGUCUGUGCUCUGGGAAACAACCGCGUGGCACACGCUCUGUGCAGCCAUGUGGACGAAUCCCAGCUUUUCUACGCCAUAGAGAGCACUUACUUACCUGGACCGAUGAGAAGUGGCUUCUACGACCUGCUCAUCAGCAUGCACCUGGAGUCGGCCAAAAGGAAUCGCCUGGGAACCAACAAGGAAUUCAUCGUCCCAAUGACAGACGAAACACGCAGCAUCACUCUGUACACUGACAAAUCCCACGCGUUACCUGGAGUCGGCCUGACUACCUGUCUGCGUCCCAAACUGCAUUUCUCUGCUGUGGGAUUUGUGGGAACAGAUCAAGAUAUUUACACGCUGAGUCCAGUCAUUCCCUUACAGGUGCUGAAGACCACGGCCCUAAACAUGCUGAUUGAAGCUGUGCAAGAUGGCGGCCAAGCAAUGAGAGAUCCUGUAGGGGGCAGCGUUGAAUUUCAUUUUGUUCCCAUCCUAAAGCUCAUCAGUACUCUUCUGAUAAUGGGUGUGUUUGACGAUGAAGAUGUGACACACAUCCUGAAGAUGAUUGAGCCAACAGUAUUUAGUGGCAAGAAACCCGAGGAGUCGGCUGAGGAGGCUGAACAAGCAGUCGAGGAGAAGGACCAAAAAGCACUGCAGAAGGAAGCUGUUGUUGAAGGAGAAGAGCUAGAAGACGCUGAGGAAGAAGAAGAAGAAGAGGAGGAGGAGGAGGAGUUUGAGGAUGAUGGGUUAGGUGAGGAGGAGGAGGUGGAGGCUGAAAUUGAACCUGAAGAGGAAUCAGAGACGGCUCACGUUUUGCCACAGGAGGUAGCUGCUGAGGAGACAGACCCAGUAAAUGGUGAAAAAGGAGCCGAGGAAACGGAGAAAGAGCUGAAGCAGGCUGAUUCAUGUGGAGAAGCGAAAGAGGAAAAUGUAGAACAAGGACUUUUCCAAAUGAAGCUGCCAGAGUCUGUGAAGUUACAGAUGUGUACUUUACUGCAGUACUUCUGUGACUGUGAGCUACGUCACAGAGUGGAGGCCAUCACUGCCUUUUCGGAUCAGUUUGUCAGCCAGAUACAGUCCAACCAGAGGCAGCGCUACAAUGAACUUAUGCUGGCUUUCACCAUGAGCGCUGCCGAGACCGCCCGAAAGACCCGCGAAUUUCGCUCUCCACCGCAGGAACAGGUCAACAUGCUCAUGAACUUCAAGAACAGCAUAGAAGAUGAGGAGUGCCCCAUUCCUGAUGAAGUCCGCGAAUCUCUGCUGGCUUUUCACAAUGCUUUGUUAGCCCACUGCGGUGUUCACAUCGAAGAGGAAGAACAAGAAGAAGAGGUGGAUAAUUCUGUCCGUGGACGACUGCUUCGCUUGCUGGAAAAAGUAAAAACUUUCCGUGAGAAGAAGGUCGAAGUGGAGGUGGAACCACAGGAAGACAAGAAACCAAGCACAUUGCAGGAGCUGAUUUCUCACUCUACAAUCCAUUGGGCCCAGGAGUCCUUUAUCCAGAACCCUGAGCUUGUGCGGAUGAUGUUCAGCCUCCUUCACAGACAGUAUGACGGGCUGGGGGAGCUCAUGCGCGCACUUCCCAAAGCCUACACAAUCAACGCAGUGUCCAUUCAGGAUACCAUGGACCUGCUGGAGUGUUUGGGCCAAAUCCGCUCACUUCUCAUUGUUCAGAUGGGUCCCGAAGAGGAGAGACUGAUUAUUCAAAGCAUUGGGAACAUCAUGAGUAACAAAGUUUUCUAUCAGCAUCCCAACUUGAUGCGAGCCCUGGGCAUGCAUGAAACCGUCAUGGAGGUCAUGGUUAAUGUUUUGGGCGGAGGCGACUCAAAGGAGAUCCGAUUCCCUCGAGUGGUGACAAACUGCUGUCGUUUCCUCUGCUAUUUCUGCCGCAUCAGUCGUCAAAAUCAGCGCUCGAUGUUCGACCACCUUAGUUACCUUCUUCAGAACAGUGGAAUUGGCCUUGGAAUGCGUGGCUCCACCCCCUUGGAUGUGGCUGCAGCGUCCUGCAUCGACAAUAAUGAGCUGGCACUGGCUCUCCAAGAGCAGGAUCUAGAAAUGGUGGUGAAAUAUCUAGCAGGCUGUGGACUUCAGAGCUGCCCGAUGCUCCUUGCUAAAGGCUACCCCGACAUUGGCUGGAAUCCGUGUGGCGGAGAGAAAUAUCUUGAUUUCCUCCGUUUUGCUGUCUUUGUUAACGGAGAAAGCGUCGAAGAGAAUGCCAACGUGGUGGUGCGUCUGCUCAUCCGUAGACCUGAGUGCUUUGGUCCAGCCCUGAGAGGGGAAGGCGGUAAUGGUCUGCUGGCUGCAAUAGAAGAGGCCAUCAAGAUAUCAGAGGACCCUGCGAGGGAUGGUCCCAGUGUUAAAAAAGACCGACGUUUUCCCAUGUUCGGAGGAGAGGAGCAGCAUGAGGAGAACAGGGUGCACCUGGGAAACGCCAUCAUGUCCUUCUAUUCUGCUCUUAUUGACCUGCUGGGACGCUGCGCUCCAGAGAUGCAUUUGAUCCAGGCUGGUAAAGGUGAGGCUCUGAGGAUCAGGGCCAUUCUGAGGUCUCUGGUCCCAAUUGAGGAUCUGGUGGGAGUCAUCAGUCUUCCUGUUCAGAUUCCUGCUUUUGGAAAAGAUAACAGCAUCAUAGAACCAAAGAUGUCGGCCAGUUUUGUACCAGACCACAAGGCUCCGAUGGUGCUGUUCCUCGACAGAGUGUAUGGCAUCGACAACCAGGAUUUCUUGCUUCAUGUGCUGGAGGUCGGCUUUCUGCCUGACAUGAGGGCGGCUGCCUCCCUGGAUACGGUUGCUUUCAGCACCACAGAGAUGGCUCUCGCGUUGAAUCGCUACUUGUGUUCAGCGGUCUUGCCGCUCAUCACUAAGUGUGCCCCGCUGUUUGCGGGCAGUGACCACCGAGCCAUCAUGAUCGACUCCAUGUUGCACACGAUCUACCGGCUGUCUCGUGGACGAGCCUUCACAAAGGCCCAAAGAGACAUUAUUGAAGAGUGCCUCAUGGCUUUGUGCAAACACCUUCGUCCAUCCAUGCUUCAGCACCUGCUGCGACGGCUGGUCUUUGAUGUGCCCAUUUUGAAUGAGUACGCAAAAAUGCCACUGAAGCUUUUGACCAAUCACUAUGAGCGCUGUUGGAAAUAUUACUGCCUCCCAAAUGGCUGGGCCAAUUUUGGCGUCUCCUCAGAAGAAGAACUGCAUCUGACCCGCAAACUGUUCUGGGGGAUCUUUGAAUCACUUGCACACAAGAAAUUUGACCCAGAAAUUUUUAAGAUUUCAAUGCCGUGCAUCUGUGCCAUUGCUGGAGCCAUUCCUCCUGACUAUGUGGAUGCCAGCUACUCCUCCAAAACGGAGAAGAAAGCUUCAGUGGAUGCAGAGGGAAACUUCGAUCCCAAGCCAGUAGAGACCACAAACACCAUCAUCCCUGAAAGGCUGGACCCCUUCAUGAACAGAUAUGCUGAAUAUACGCAUGAUAAAUGGGCCUUUGAGAAGAUUCAGAAUAACUGGUCAUACGGUGAGGCGCUGGAUGAAAAUGCAAAAACCCAUCCAAUGCUCAGGCCCUACAAAACCUUUUCAGAGAAGGACAAAGAAAUCUACCGCUGGCCAAUCAAAGAGUCCAUCAAAGCCAUGCUUGCCUGGGAAUGGAACAUAGAAAAAGCCAGAGAGGAAGAGGAGUCAGAGAAGAAGAAGGCAGCGUCACGAAAGAUCUCCCAGACUGCUCAGGCAACCUAUGACCCGAGCCAUGGCUACAGUCCGCAGCCCAUCGAUAUCUCACACAUGGCUCUUUCAAGAGACCUGCAGUCUAUGGCUGAGCAAUUAGCAGAGAAUUACCACAACACCUGGGGACGGAAGAAGAAGUUGGAGCUGCAAGCCAAAGGAGGUGGAACUCAUCCUCUGCUGGUGCCCUAUGACACCCUGACUGCAAAAGAAAAGGCACGAGACAGAGAGAAGGCGUACGAGCUGCUCAAGUUCCUGCAACUUAACGGCUAUGCAGUCACACGGGGCCUUAAAGACAUGGAGUCUGACAUCUCGUCCAUCGAGAAGAGAUUCGCUUACGGCUUCCUUCAGAAGCUGCUGAAGUGGAUGGAGAUCGCGCAGGAGUUCAUUGCUCAUCUUGAGGCUGUGGUAAGCAGUGGGAGAGUGGAAAAAUCUCCUCAUGAGCAGGAAAUCAAAUUUUUUGCCAAGAUCUUGAUGCCUCUGAUCAACCAAUACUUCAAAAAUCACUGCCUGUACUUCUUAUCGACUCCUGCAAAAGUUCUGGGCAGUGGUGGUCACUCUUCCAAUAAGGAGAAGGAGAUGAUUGCAAGUAUCUUCUGUAAAAUGUCUGCUUUGGUGAGACACAGAGUUUCUCUCUUUGGAACUGAUGCUUCGGCGAUCGUUAACUGCCUCCAUAUUCUGGCACGGUCACUGGAUGCAAGGACGGUGAUGAAGUCAGGCCCUGAGAUCGUGAAAGCAGGGCUGCGCUCGUUCUUUGAAAGUGCUGCGGAUGACAUAGAGAAGAUGGUGGAAAACCUCAAACUGGGGAAAGUAUCCAAAGGCAAUCAGCAAGUGAAAGGUGUGUCUCAGAACAUUAACUACACCACCAUCGCCCUGCUGCCGGUGCUCACCUCCCUUUUUGAUCACAUCGCACAGCACCAGUUUGGAGACGAUGUCAUCUUGGAUGAUCUACAGAUGUCGUGCUAUCGCAUCAUGUGCAGCAUUUACUCCCUCGGCACUGUCAAAAACCCACAUGUGGAGAGACAGAGACCUGCUCUUGGAGAGUGUUUGGCACAUCUUGCUGCAGCUAUGCCGGUUGCUUACUUAGAACCUCAUUUGAAUGAAUUCAAUGCUUUUUCCGUCUACACCACAAAGACACCGAGGGAGCGAGCCAUCUUGGGCCUUCCCAACGAGGUCCAGGAGUUGUGUCCAGAUAUUCCUGAGCUGGACAUCCUGCUGAAGGAGAUCGGAGACUUGGCGGAGUCCGGGGCUCGUUACACUGAGAUGCCUCAUGUGAUUGAAAUCACCCUGCCCAUGCUGUGUAACUAUCUGCCACGCUGGUGGGAGAGGGGACCCGAAAACUUCCCUGAGAUGGAGGGCCGAGUCUGCACCGACGUGACGUCCGAACACCUCAACCAGCUCCUGGGCAGCAUCAUGAAAAUUGUCGUCAACAACCUGGGCAUCGAUGAGGCCUCCUGGAUGAAGAGGCUGGCUGUGUUUUCACAGCCCAUCGUCAGCCGGGCAAAGCCAGAAAUGCUGAAGUCACACUUCAUCCCAACCAUGGAGAAGCUGAAGAAACGCACUUCGAAGGUGGUUGCCGAGGAAGACCACUUGCGGAUGGAGGGGAAAUCAGAGGGAGACGAGGAAGACGGGACCAUACGCGAUGAGUUUGCCGUCCUCUGCCGAGACCUCUAUGCCCUUUACCCUCUGCUCAUCCGCUAUGUGGACAACAACAGGGCACGUUGGCUGACCUGCCCUGACCCAGAUGCAGAAGAGCUUUUCCGAAUGGUUGGAGAGGUCUUCAUUUUCUGGUCCAAGUCCCAUAACUUCAAGCGAGAGGAGCAGAACUUUGUGGUGUUGAAUGAGAUCAAUAACAUGUCGUUCCUCACUGCUGACAGCAAGAGCAAAAUGAGCAAGGGCGGAGGGUCAGACGCCGAGCGCACCAAGAAGAAGAAACGGGGAGACCGUUACUCUGUCCAGACGUCUCUCAUUGUGGCGGCCUUGAAAAAGAUGCUUCCGAUCGGCCUCAACAUGUGUUCUCCUGCUGAUCAGGAGCUCAUCAACUUGGCCAAGAUCAGAUACUCCUUGAGAGACACUGAUGAAGAAGUUAGAGAGUUCCUGCAAAAUAACCUGCAUCUGCAGGGCAAGGUGGACAACCCAUCCAUGCGCUGGCAGAUGGCUCUGUACAAGGAGAUGGCAGGGAAGGCUGAAGACGCUGACGCGCCGGUGAAAGUUGUCAAGCGAGUGCAGGAAGUUUCUGCCGUCCUGUAUCACCUCGAAGUGACUGAGCAUCCAUUCAAGUCCAAGAAGAUGGUUUGGCACAAGCUGCUGUCCAAGCAGAGACGCAGGGCUGUGGUCGCAUGCUUCAGGAUGACACCGCUGUACAAUAUUCCAAGGCACAGAGCUUCAAACAUGUUCCUCGAAGGAUACAAACGCAACUGGCUUCACACUGAGGGCUACUCGUUUGAAGAUCGGAUGAUAGAUGACCUGUCUAAAGCAAUGGAGCAAGAGGAGGGAGACGAGGAAGAGGAAAAGGAAACCAAGCCGGAUCCCCUCCACCAGCUCAUUCUGCAUUUCAGUCGCACUGCUCUAACAGAAAAGAGUAAACUUGACACAGAUCACCUUUAUAUGGCAUAUGCAGAUAUUAUGGCAAAGAGUUGCCAUAUUGGUGAGGAAGAAGAAGGGGGAGAGGAAAUGGGUGAAAAUGCCGAGGAUGAGAUGUCCUUUGAGGUGCGACAGUCAGAACUGGAAAAAGAAAUGGAGAAGCAAAGACUCCUGUACCAGCAGUCCAGACUUCACAAUCGUGGCGCUGCGGAGAUGGUUCUCCAGAUGAUCAGCGCCUGCAAAGGUGAAACUGGCCCAAUGGUAUCUACAACCCUGAAGCUGGGCAUUUCUAUCCUGAAUGGUGGAAACAGUGAGGUUCAGCGGAAAAUGCUGGAAUACUUAAAGGACAAGAAGGAUGUGGGCUUCUUUUUGAGUGUCCAAGCACUGAUGCAAACAUGCUGUGUCCUGGAUCUCAAUGCCUUUGAGAGGCAGAACAAGGCGGAGGGGCUGGGCAUGGUCUCAGAGGAAGGCACCAACUUGAACCUAGAGCGGGAUGAGAAAGUGAUGGCCGAUGACGAGUUCACAUGUGACCUCUUCCGCUUCCUGCAGCUUCUUUGUGAGGGCCACAAUAACGAUUUUCAGAACUACUUGCGGACACAGACAGGCAGCACCACGACCAUCAACAUCAUCAUAUGCACUGUAGAUUAUCUCCUGCGGCUCCAGGAGUCGAUCAGUGAUUUCUACUGGUAUUACUCCGGCAAGGAUGUGAUUGAUGAGCCGGGCAAAAAGAAUUUCUCCAAAGCCAUGACAGUAGCAAAACAGAUUUUCAACAGUCUGACUGAAUAUAUUCAGGGUCCGUGCACUGGAAACCAGCAGUCCCUGGCUCACAGCAGGCUGUGGGACGCCAUCGUCGGCUUCCUUCAUGUUUUUGCUCACAUGAUGAUGAAGUUGGCGCAGGACUCCAGUCAGAUCGGCUUGCUGAAGGAGCUUCUCGACCUGCAGAAAGACAUGGUGGUGAUGCUGCUCUCGCUCCUGGAGGGGAACGUGGUGAACGGCACCAUCGCCCGGCAGAUGGUAGACAUGCUGGUGGAGUCCUCCAGCAACGUGGAGAUGAUCCUCAAGUUCUUUGACAUGUUCCUGAAACUGAAAGACAUUGUGGCUUCGGACGCGUUCCGGGAUUACGUCACAGACCCCCGGGGGCUCAUCUCCAAGAAGGACUUCCAGAAAGCCAUGGACAGCCAGAAACAGUACUCCCCCUCUGAAAUCCAGUUCCUUCUGUCCUGCUCCGAGGCAGACGAGAAUGACAUGAUCAACUACGAGGAGUUCGCCAACCGCUUCCAGGAGCCGGCCAAGGACAUCGGCUUCAACAUCGCGGUGCUGCUCACCAACCUGUCCGAGCACGUCCCCCAUGACACCCGGCUGCAGAACUUCCUGGAGCAGGCGGAGAGCGUGCUGAAUUACUUCCGCCCGUUCCUGGGACGCAUCGAGAUCAUGGGCGCCAGCAGGAAGAUCGAGCGCAUCUACUUUGAGAUCAGCGAGGUGAACCGCCGACAGUGGGAGAUGCCUCAGGUCAGGGAGUCCAAGCGGCAGUUCAUCUUCGACGUGGUCAACGAGGGCGGAGAGUCGGAGAAGAUGGAGAUGUUCGUCAACUUCUGCGAGGACACCAUCUUUGAGAUGAACAUCGCCUCACAGAUCUCGGAGCAGGAGGAGGAGGAAAAGGGGGAGGAGGACGACGAACUAGAGGAAGGCGGAGGCGAGGGAGCACAGGGUGGGGGUGCGGGCGGAGGAGGGGACGAGGAGACCAACGGAGAGGAAGGGCAGCCCGAAUCGACCUCCGCCUUUGCGGACUUUAUCAACAGCAUGUUCAGCUUCUUCAGCAUUUUCACCUUCCGUAACCUCCGCAGGCAGUACCGCCGAGUCAGGAAAAUGACGUUCAAGGAAAUUAUCGUGGCGCUGUCGACAUUUUUCUGGACCAUUCUGAUGAGCAUACUGCACUUCAUUUACAAUGUGUGCAAGGGCUUCUUCAUGAUCAUCUGGCAGACGCUGUUUGGGGGUGGCUUGGUGGAGGGAGCUAAAAAUAUCACCGUGACGGAGAUUCUGGCCAGCAUGCCAGAUCCCACACAGGACGAUGUGCAUGGGGAGGGACCGGGGGAGAUCAGGACCGGGGAGGAGCAAGACACCGGAGGGGUGAUGGACACCGGGGAGACCGGGAGUGGAGAGGAGGAAGAGGAGGACACUCAGGAAAAAGAAGGUGGGAGGAUACCAGGCAUCGACGCCCCGGGCGGACUUGGUGACAUGGGUGUUGAGGCACCAGUCGAACCUCCGACGCCUGAAGGGACUCCCAUAACAAAGCGAAAAAUGGCUCCAGAAGAGGCCGAUGCAAGUCAGAAACCACCUGAACCUGUUCCUGUGGAGGAACCUCCCCCAGAGCCCGAGAAGGCAGACGUUGAAAAUGGAGAGAAAGCAGAGAAAGAGGAAGAGGUGAAAGAAGAAAAAGAGCCAGAAAAGCCAAAGAAAAAAGCAACCAUAAAGGAAAAGAAGCCGAAGAAAGAAGGUGGCUUUCAAAUCUGGACUGAACUGGAAACCCAAAGAAAUAAAUUCAUGAAUUACCUCUCGAGGAACUUCUACAACCUCCGUUUCCUGGCUCUGUUUCUUGCAUUUGCCCUGAACUUUAUUCUGCUGUUCUAUAAGGUGUCGGACACCCCUCCCGAAGGUGACGAGUUCGAAGGAUCCGGGAUGUCGGAGGGAAGCGGGAUGUUCGAGGGCUCUGGGUUGUUCGAAGGCUCGGCCGAAGAUGCCGAGGGGUCCGGAAUGGGCGAGGGAGGAGAUGAGGACGAGGAAGAUGUCCCAGUUUAUUUCUAUCUGGAGGAAAGCACUGGGUAUAUGCAGCCGACGCUGUCCUUCCUGGCCAUCCUGCAUACAGUCAUUUCCUUCAUCUGUAUCAUCGGCUACAACUGCCUCAAGAUUCCACUGGUGAUCUUUAAAAGGGAGAAGGAACUUGCUAGAAAGCUGGAGUUUGAUGGCCUUUACAUCACCGAGCAGCCUGAAGAUGAUGAUAUCAAGGGCCAGUGGGACCGACUCGUCCUCAACACACCCUCCUUUCCCAAUAACUACUGGGAUAAAUUUGUCAAACGAAAGGUCCUUGAUAAGUAUGGAGACAUUUACGGAAGGGAGAGGAUUGCUGAGCUGCUGGGGGUUGAUUUAGCCUCCCUGGACGUGAGUCAGCAACACGAGAAGAAACAAGAGGAACCGGACAACUCUGUGUUCGCUUGGGUGACAUCCAUCGACAUCAAGUACCAGAUCUGGAAAUUUGGUGUUGUAUUCACAGACGGUACUUUCCUUUACCUCUGUUGGUACCUGGUGAUGUCUUUGCUCGGGCAUUACAACAACUUCUUCUUCGCCUGUCACCUGCUGGAUAUUGCCAUGGGCGUCAAGACUCUUCGCACUAUCUUGUCUUCAGUCACACACAACGGCAAGCAGCUGAUGAUGACGGUGGGCUUGUUAGCCGUGGUGGUGUACCUCUACACUGUUGUCGCCUUCAACUUCUUCCGAAAGUUCUACAACAAGAGCGAGGAUGAAGAUGAGCCCGAUAUGAAAUGUGAUGACAUGAUGACUUGCUACCUCUUCCACAUGUACGUGGGAGUGCGCGCCGGCGGAGGCAUUGGAGAUGAGAUCGAGGAUCCGGCCGGAGAUGAAUACGAACUUUAUCGAGUGGUCUUCGAUAUCACCUUCUUCUUCUUCGUCAUCGUCAUUCUGCUGGCCAUCAUUCAGGGUCUGAUCAUCGAUGCCUUCGGAGAACUCAGGGACCAACAGGAGCAGGUCAAGGAAGACAUGGAGACAAAGUGCUUCAUAUGUGGCAUCGGAAGUGACUACUUUGAUACGACGCCACACGGCUUUGAGACCCACACGUUUGAUGAACACAAUCUGGCCAACUACAUGUUCUUCCUGAUGUAUCUCAUCAAUAAAGAUGAAACGGAACACACAGGGCAGGAGUCGUAUGUUUGGAAGAUGUACCAGGAGCGCUGCUGGGACUUCUUCCCUGCUGGAGACUGUUUCAGAAAGCAAUAUGAAGACCAGCUUUCAUAGCCAGCAAGUGCCGCAAAAAUCCACAUCGUUUCAAUUUUUCUCAUGAAAAAUGAAAUGUCAGCUGAAUGAAAAACCGCCAUCCUGGGUUUUUUUUUUUUUUUUUUUUUUUUUUUCUGGACAGUGAGGGAUUUAUUGUGUGUUUAGGAGGAGCGGAUAAAACUGCUUUUUGUG